CAACUCUCUGCAAGUUUGGAUGAGAUGAAACGCUGUCAACAGGACAUCGCUGAAUUGCAAAAGAAGUUACUGGAGAAGGAGAGUUUACAGUCGCCGAAACAGGAACAGAAAUCGCCGUCAAUAGUUGGUCGUGCGAACGCGAAGGUAGAUGAGGUGGAACAUUUGACUACUGGUGUUUCAACCAUUCAGCAUAGCUUAAACCUCGAUCGCGGUCAAGUUUAUGAUAACACAUCUUUAAUUGCAGCUGGUGCCACGGCCCACCGCGUCUACGGCUCAAGUGACGUCACUGAGGUGGCUCGUAUAAUGCAGACAGGGAAUCUGUGCUGCAAUGUUGCUGAACACCACAAUUUAGAAGACUAUAUACAGCAACUACAGGCAAACAACGAGCAACUGCAGCAAAGCAUUUUGCACAAAAGGAACAAGCUUGAUGACAGUAAAGCGAAAAAUCAACAGUUGGAAGCCCUUGUGAAGCAACGCGAAGACGAAGUGAAUCAAAUAACACAGGAACUGCUCCACAGUAAGGAGGAAUUGCUGCAAACCAAUACACAGAUGAAAGCUUUACUUGCAGAACAAAGAAAAGCGAAAGAAGAUGAAAAGGCUCAUUCGAGUCUAUUGAUGCAGGAAGUCGAUGACCUAGAACAGUCCGCCACCGCUAAGAAAUUGGAGCUCGAGAACAUUCGGCAACAACUCUCAUUGACAUCUCAGCGACUUGCGGACCUCCAAUCACAGGUUUCCGAGUUUGAAGCACAAAAGAGAGAACGUGAGGACGACCUCCAAGAAGUUCUUAAGACUUUGGAGGAGAAGCGGGGUCUUCUGAGACACACAGAAAAUAAUCUAUUGGAUGCUUCUCGCAGGGUGGCCGAGGCUCAAGAAAAUCUCAGGGCAAUAGAAAAUAAACGGCGGGACCAUGAACAGACGAUUUCUAAGUCGGAGAGUAUGCUGUCGGAACGGCGACUGGGGAUGGACCAGCUCAAUUCAAAGAUUGCUGAGACAAAAUCACAGCUGGAGUCGUUGUGCCGUGAGGUGGGAGCUAAAUCAGCAGAAUUGGAUCUCCUGAAUUCCCGCAGCACGCAAGAUGUUGAGAACUCAGCCAAAAAAUUGGAGGACGUGAACCGUGAAUUAGAUCAAAGGAAAAAUGAGUUGAAGGCAGUCAAGGAACAACUAGAAGUUCUCAGUAUGGAGGAGAAGGAACGGCUAGCGCGGAAGACUUUGGAGUCCUCUGAAGUCAAGGAGGUAACUGUUCAGCUUGCGCAACUGAAGGCUGAACGCGAGGCUUGUAAGAAAGAUCUGUUGUCUUUGGAUAUUGAAAAAACAGCAAAGGUUAGAUAUUUUUAA